AUUCUUCAGAUCCACGUUACCGCCCACCUUCAUUCAAAGGGGGAACAUGUUUUGUAUUGCUCCCAUCCCGCUCAUCCUCUCUCCGUUCGCUUUAAGCAGCUCCCGGGAAGUUUCACGUUUUGUCUUUCUGAGGAUUUACCACUGAAGACGGGAGAUCUGUGCGAGAGGGAGGGAGGGAGGGAGCGGGUGGGGGGGUGGGGGGAAGAGCGAGGGAAAAGAGAGGAUUAAGAAAUCAGUCCAGUUGGAAGAAGCGGAGGUGGUGGCAUCGAGACCGGAAUGGGAUCCGUUUCUAACCAGCAAUUUGGAGGAACCGGGAGAAGCUCUGACCAGGAUCUCGGGGACUCCCCUAAGGCUGCCGUCUCGUUCGGGACCGGUCAAUGCAAAUGGUUCAACGUCCGGAUGGGAUUCGGUUUUCUCUCCAUGACCGGCCGGGACGGAACACCGCUGGACUCUCCCAUCGAUGUCUUUGUCCACCAGAGCAAGCUGCACAUGGAAGGCUUCCGCAGUCUGAAAGAAGGAGAGCCAGUGGAAUUUACAUUCAAGAAAUCCUCCAAAGGUUUGGAAUCGAUACGGGUAACGGGUCCAGGUGGCAGCUCUUGCAUCGGGAGUGAAAGGAGGCCUAAAGGGAAGAAUGUGCAAAAGCGGAGACCAAAAGGAGACAGAUGCUACAACUGUGGCGGUUUGGAUCACCAUGCGAAGGAAUGUAAGCUAGCCCCUCAGCCCAAGAAGUGCCAUUAUUGCCAAAGUAUUGGCCACAUGGUGGCCAAUUGCACAGUCAAAGCUGCCCAGCAACAGCAAUCUGCCACUUCUCAGGGAAGGCAGGAGAGCAAACCGACGACCGGCCCAUCGGCCUCGACACCCUCGCCGACCAUGCCGCACGAGGCGGGAGGGGAAUACGGCACCGACCUGCUCCUGGAGGAGACGGGCGAGCACUUGGAGAAGCUCCUUCCUGAGAGUGCGGAGGGUGCCCUGCAAGAGGCUGCCGAGGAGCCAGGCAGGCCCGGCUCGUGUUUGCAGAAGAGAAAAAAGACCUGACACACCGUCAGUGCUGGGAACCAUUUCAGGAUCUAAAACUACCUCAGGCUCGCCCUCUCUGCUGAGUGUUAAACCUAGCAGUUCUCCAAAACAAUCUAAAGACUUUGAUAUGAAUCCAACUUCUACUCAUUCUGAUCAUGAAUAGAAUUUGGAUAGAUAUUCUUCCAACAGAAAACUUUGUAGACAUUAAAUUUCUUUUUCUCCCAAACCCUCCCCCCCACCAACCUCACUAUUAUGCCACCCUUCACCACACACAUCUCUGGAGGUUCAUUUCAAUUCAUUUAACGUUGGCAAUUUAUUUUCUUCAUGUCCUUUUUUCCAAGGAGUAAAGAGCAAGAGGUUCAUUCUUUUUUUCCCAUCCAAUUUCUCACUUUAACCCCCCCCCCCCUGGUAUUGUUAGCAAUGGUUGGACUAGCUGACCAUUUUUUUGACCCUUCUGUGGCUAACAUGCAUGGUAUUCUAACUAUCAACUACCCAACAAUGGUUCCUUCACUCCUGGUCGGUCCAUAAACGUCAGUCCAUGGACUUUAGUUCUCCAAACACAAUG